UCAGAACCAUAAACUUCUCCGAUGGCCGGCGACGAUUCUCAUCUGCAAAAUGACGUCGUUUCAAUCUACUGUAUAAACGACCGUCUCGGCGACGACGAGCUUCGGGCCGUACUGUCGAGGCUGGGAGACGACAAAGACAAGGAAGUUUUCGGGCAGGUAUGUAAGCGGUGGCUUCGUAUUCAAAGUACUGAAAGGAAGAAACUUUGUGCUCGGGCCGGGCCUCACAUGCUCAGAAGAAUCGCGGCCCGAUUCACUCGAUUACAUGAGCUUGAUCUAUCUCAAUCGGUUUCUAGAUCUUUCUAUCCUGGUGUUACUGAUUCUGAUCUUUCAGUUAUUGCUACUGCUUUCUCUUGCUUACGAAUUCUCAAUCUUCAGAACUGUAAAGGCAUAACAGACAAAGGAUUGACAGCGAUUGGAUCAAGUCUCUCUUCUUUACAGUCCUUAGAUGUAUCCUACUGCAGAAAGAUCACAGACAAGGGGCUUUCAGCUGUUGCUGAGGGGUGUCAUGACUUGAGAACGUUGCAUCUUGCUGGCUGUAGAUUUGUCUCAGAUUCAUUAAUGAAAGCUCUCUCCAAGAAUUGCCAUUAUGUAGAAGACCUAGGUUUGCAAGGAUGCACCAACAUUACCAACUCAGGUCUCUCUGUUUUGGUUGAAGGUUGCCGGAGGAUAAAGUAUUUGGACAUUAACAAAUGCAGCAAUAUUGGUGAUAUUGGGAUAUCUAGCGUGUCUGAAGCUUGUUCAUUAACACUUAGGACAUUGAAGUUGUUGGAUUGCUACAAAGUUGGUGAUGACUCCAUCUUAUCCUUGGCCAACUACUGCAAAAAUCUUGAGACACUCGUUAUUGGUGGUUGCCGUAACAUAUCAGAUGAGCCUAUGAAGGCACUGGCAGCUUCUUGUAGUAAUAGUCUGAGGAAACUGAGGAUGGAUUGGUGUUUGAAUAUUACUGACUCGUCAUUGGACUGCAUCAUUUCCAAAUGCAGAGAGCUUGAGGUUCUUGACAUUGGCUGCUGUGAGGAGUUGACUGAUGCUGCAUUUCAACAAUUAGGAAGUGAAAACUUUAUGUUGGGGAUGAAGAUUUUGAAGGUCAGUAACUGUCCAAAGAUAACUGUUGAAGGAAUUAAGAAGCUUAUGAAGUCAUGUGAAUAUCUUGAAUAUCUAGACGUACGGUCUUGUCCCCUAAUCACUAAAGCAGGGUGUGAGGAGGCUGGAAUUCAGUUUCCUGAAUCCUGCAAAAUAAACUUCACUGGAAGCUUAGCAGAGCCAGAUAUGUUACUUUGAGCAGUACUUGAUUUAGCAAUGUCUUUGAAGGACUGAAGGGGAUCAUGCAGUGAAAUCAUCACAUUCUUUGCCUAAGACCUAAAAUAUGACUUUGGAAGCUCCUGCUGUCAGUCCCUUGUUCCCAUUAAUUUGCCUUUUGUUAAGCAUCAAGUUUUUUGUUGUAGAUUAUUUCCCUGCUUUUCAGUUUGUUUUUUUCCCCUUGCUUUUCAGUUAUUUGAUAUCAAACUCCUGUAUAUCAUCCUUGUAAACUACUAGUAGGCACCAUUGUUUGCUGUAGGUGUUUUCAGAUUGUGAAUGAAAUGAGUCCAUUGCUGCUA